ACAGUAGCUCAGGCGGCAAGUGGGUGUGUGGACACGUUUUCCGAACACCUUAGUUCCAGUUUCAGACAGCCGCGCUAGCUGCUCUACUUCAGUGGCAUUUUAACGGUACACGGGAAAAUCAGGAUUAGGAUUAACGAAAAGAUACGCCAUGUCCCUGACCACGCGCUAUCUUCUUCCGCUCCUCUAUGACAUCUGGCCACUGUUGCUGCCUACCUUCCUGGUCGUGCUGGUGUCCAUGCUGCUGUACCGCCGCCGCAACCUACACGUCAGUCACGCAGAGGACACCAAGAAGACUGCAGCUAAGCGAGUCAUUCAAUUUGGUGACGUCGGUGACAGCGACGAUGAAGGUCAAUCAGAUCUGGUGGACCCGCCCCACGACGAGGAUGUGGCGCACAUCCGCUACCAACACGACAGGCUGAGCAUCGAGGAAAGUCAGCGAAGGGCAGAUGAAUUUUACCAUUUGAUGAACAACCGACGCUCCAUUCGCUUCUUCAGCCGCGAUCCAGUGCCGCGGGAGCUGGUGGAGAAGCUGGUCCUGACGGCGGGCACGGGGCCGUCUGGGGCGCACACCGAGCCGUGGUCCUUCGUGGCAGUGAGUGACCCGGACUUCAAGGAGCAGAUCCGGUCCAUUGUGGAGGCCGAGGAGGAGAUCAAUUACACCAAGAGGAUGGGCAAGCAAUGGGUGGCGGACCUGAAGGCGUUCAAGACGACGUGGAGGAAGGAGUACCUGACGGAGGCGCCGUGGAUCCUGCUUAUCUUCAAGCAACCACACUCACCGCUCCCCGACGGACGUAAGGUUAACCACUACUACCAUGAAAUCUCCACGUCCAUCUCGUGUGGCAUCCUGCUGGCUGCCAUACAGAACGCGGGCCUCGUCACCCUCACCUCCACGCCCCUCAACUGCGGCCCCGCACUACGCUCCAUCCUGAACCGCCCGUCCCACGAGAAGCUGUUGCUGCUACUGCCUCUGGGCUACCCCACCACGGACGCCACGGUGCCGGACCUCAAGCGCAAGCCCCUUGAGGAGAUCCUGACCAUGAUGUAAGGUCGAGGAGUGGCAGCGAGCAGGAUGAAGUUGUGGAGGAAGUUGCAGCGAACAGUCAUGUCAUCUGUGGAUUGACGGACUUCCUGUUGUUAUCGAGUUAUAAUGAAGGACAUGAAUAUAACCUCUGUUUUUCAAGCAUGAUAAAGGAAGAAAAUUAUGGAAAAAUGAACAAAAUAUGAGACUGUUAGUAACUUUAAGUAUAUAUCAAGGUGUGUGUGUGUGUGUGUGUGUGUGUGUGUGUGUGUGUGUGUGUGUGUGUGUGUGUGUGUGUGUGUGUGUGUGUGUGUGUGUGUGUGUGUGAGAGAGAGAGAGAGAGAGAGAGACUGCCUCGUGGCUCGGUGGUAAAGGGGCCAAGUCUGUGUUGGGGGCAAUGGCUGAUAUAGGCUCAAACUCCACUAGGGGCUGGUCACCUCUGGGAUUUUUUAUGUGUGUGUGUGUGUGUGUGUGUGUGUGUGUGUGUGUGUGUGUGUGUGUGUGUGUGUGUCAUUCAUGGUCGUGUAUUUUGUGUAUGCUGCACAUUCUGUUCCUAAUCUACUUAAGGAACUGGAGAACAAUAUAAUGAAUAAGCCUGA